AUGCCACCCAAGGAUGACAAGAAGAAAGAUGUUGGAAACUUGGUCAAGAAAGACAAAGACCCCUUGAACAAGUUGGGGAGCAAGGCCAAAAAGAAGAAAUGGUUCAAAGGCAAAGUUCAGGACAAGCUUAAUAACCUGGUCUUGUUUGACAAAGCCACAUAUGACAAGCUCUGUAAGGAAGUUCCUAACAACAAGCUGAUAACUCCAGCUGUGGUCUCCAAGAGGCUGAAGAUUCGUGGCUCCUUGGCCAGGACAGCCCUUCAGAAGCUCCUUAGUAAAGGAUUUAUUAAACUAGUCUCAAAGCACAGAGCUCAUAUGAUUUACACCAGAAGCACCAAAGGUCGGGACACCCCAGCUGCUGGAGAAGAUGCAUGA